CGGGGAUUAGGAACAACCGAUGCGAAUGUGAUCACGUGAUACGUAGGUGUUUACAAUUUCCACUUCCGUGUUUCAGAAAAUCAAAAAGAAAUGUCUCAUCAAACUGGUAUUUCAGCUUCGGACGAUUUAAAAGACUUCCUUUCGAAAGCUAGAGAUGGACACAUUAGAUUGAUCAAGAUUUCCAUUGCAAAUGAGCAACUAGAACUGGCAAACUGUGAAAAACCAUCAGGAACAUGGGAAGAAGAUUAUGACGAAUUAGUAUUACGCCAACUAGAGGACAAGCAGCCAUGUUAUAUCAUGUACAGAAUGGACACCAAGAAUAACCAGGGAUACCUGUGGAUAUUUAUAGCUUGGUCACCAGAUUUCUCACCUGUGAGAGAGAAGAUGUUGUAUGCUGCCACCAGGUCAACUUUGAAGACAGAGUUUGGUACUGGAAUUAUCAAAGAUGAAAUGUUUGGAACAGUUCAAGAGGAUAUAACUCUAGCAGGAUACAAGAAACAUUUGAUCUCACAGAAAGCUAAAGCUCCUUUAACAGCAGCGGAGGAGGAGCUUGAAUAUAUCAAACAAACAGAGAUUGCCAUAGGCCCUUAUACAAGGACAGAUAUCCAUAUAGAUACAAAACAUCAGACGAUGAAAAGUCUGUCAUUCCCUAUAUCAGAUGAUGCCGCCCAUAGACUUGUAGAUUUCCAUAUGGAAAAGAUAUCCUACGUUCAGCUGAAGUUGAAUAUAUCUGGAGAAAGUAUAGAGUUAGCAGAUUCAGGGGACGUAUCAAUAAAAGAGUUGCCUUCCAAAGUGCCUUCAGAGACUGCAAGAUAUCAUCUGUUUUCAUUUAAACAUAUUCAUGAAGGUGACUCUCUUAAUUCUAAAGUGUUUAUAUACUCGAUGCCAGGCUAUAAAUGCCCUAUAAAGGAGAGAAUGUUGUAUUCUGCUUGUAAAAAUCAGUUCAUCGAUCAACUUGAACAGACAUUAAAACUUAAUAUUGAAAAAAGGUUUGAGAUAGAUGAUCCAAGUGAACUGACAGAAGAGUUCCUGUAUGAUGAACUGCAUCCAAAGAAAAAUAUUGCCACAAUGAAAUUUGAAAAACCCAAAGGACCUGCAAGGAAAGGACCUAGGAAGUUGAUAAAAAAUACAGACCAGUGAUAAUGUGUUGAAAUUUAGGUUGAAAAUAUAAAUUGUAUGCAGUAAAACAAAUGGUAUCUUUUUGACAGGGAGUAAAAAAUUAUUCUUUUAACAACAUUUGAUGAAGAAAUGUACAAAAAAAAAUCUAAAGAAUUCAAGUAUGGCAGAAACAGAUUUUUACAUUGGAAAUUUGUGAUUUUUUUUUUUUCACGACAAGUGCAGAUGCAUGUGGAUAGAGAACUUGAUCACACUAUGUUAUUAGUACCCAUUUAUUUCAGUCAUAUUUACAUGCAUAUUACAGACAUUCCUUUAUUCACUAGCAGGGAUUGUUAAAUAUUUGCAACUAAUCUGCAUAAUUACAAAGUUUGUUAAUGCUUGUUACCCAUUUUAUGCCUUGAUUUUGGUAUAGAUAUAUGCACACUCUGAUAGCUUAUAGGAUUAAUCAUUUGAAUACUUCGAGGGAAGGAGACAAAGGAAUGGUAAGUAUUGUAUGAAAGAAAUUAUAUCAUAUACCUUUGUGAAAAAAAAAAAACAACACACACACAAAAGACUAGAACAUUGCUCAAGAUCACCCAUUGCUUUAAUAGGUUUAAAAGGUUUGUUAUGCCACAGCUGUCCCAUAUAUUUCACUUGGAAUUUACACACAGAUUCUAGACUGAUCUUUUACCAUAAACUCAUUAUCUGGAAACAUAGAACAAAAUUUGUCCAAGGAAGGAAUUUGAUUUUUGAUCAUACAUGCAUGCAUGUUUAUAAGAGCAGUACUGAAUGGCAUAAUGGCACGCAUUUAUUUAUGUUGAUUCAGUCCAUGUUCACAUGUUGUACAUGUUUUUGUUUCUAUUGAAUGUUAAAGAAAAAUAAAAUAAAACCCAAGUAUA